UGCGAGAAAAAGAUGGUAGAAAGGGGAAGUAGUUCGGCAGACCUCCCUCCUGGUUUUAGGUUUCACCCUACGGACGAGGAGCUAAUCAUGUUCUACCUCCGAAACCAGGCCACUUCAAGGCCAUGCCCUGUUUCCAUCAUCCCAGAGGUUGAUAUCUACAAGUUUGAUCCUUGGCAACUCCCUGAGAAGGCAGAAUUUGGAGAGCACGAGUGGUACUUUUUCAGCCCGCGUGACCGUAAGUAUCCAAACGGGGUUCGACCCAAUAGAGCCGCUGUAUCUGGUUACUGGAAGGCCACAGGAACCGACAAGGCCAUUUACAGUGGAGCCAAGUAUGUGGGAGUCAAGAAGGCUCUUGUGUUCUACAAGGGAAAGCCCCCAAAGGGUAUGAAGACGGAUUGGAUUAUGCAUGAAUACAGGCUGAGCGAUUCAUCAAAAAGCCAAACUAAGCGAAAUGGAUCUAUGAGGUUGGAUGAUUGGGUCCUCUGCAGGAUCUAUAAGAAGAAAAAUAUAGGCCGAGUACUGGAGCAAACUGUCGAAAAUUCAACUGCCCAAUCAGGGACUACAUCUGAAACCAAUGACUCACAGUUGAUGAAGCUUCCAAGGCCUUGUUCACUCUCUCAAAUGUGGGAAUUGGAUAGCUUGGGCUCACUUCCCCAGCUAUUGAAUGACAAUACAUACGACUCCUACAUUGACAAUUACCAAAUUACAUUUGACAAAUUCCAGUUGGGGGAAUUUCCACACCAGUACAUGAACUCGCUGAAGUUUCAAGGAAGCCAUAGCAGUGGAGCAAACCAGCCAAUUUUUUUGAAUUCAAUGUACCAAUUUCAGUGA